AUGUUCGCUACAUCAACCAUCUUCCGAAGAACUCUGCUUACCACCGCCCGUUCGCCCAAAACAGCACCCACCUACUCAAACUCCACCGCAACUCUAUUCCAAUACCGUCCUAUCCUAUCCGCGGCUCCCCGUUUCUUCUCCUACACAAGCAGCAAAAUGACAUCCGAAGGUGGCGUACACAACUUGGCUGCCAAGGCCGAAUGGGACUCUGCUCUCGAGGCUAAGGACACUCUCAUCGUCCUCGACUGCUUCGCUACAUGGUGCGGACCUUGCAAGGUCAUUGCUCCUCAAGUCUUAAAGUACUCCAAGGCCUACCCCGAGGCCCGAUUCUACAAGCUCGACGUCGACGAGGUCCCAGAUGUUGCACAAGAACUCGGCAUCCGCGCCAUGCCCACCUUCCUCCUCUUCAAGAACGGUGACAAGGUCGGCGAGGUCGUCGGCGCAAACCCCAAGGCCCUCGAGGCCGCCAUCAAGUCCGGUCUUGAGCAGGCCGAGUAG